UAAUAAAAUAAAUUAAAAAUAAAACCAGACGCCGAUGGACGGUCGCAGUCUCUAUUUGAGAAUUUGUGAUGCGCCCGCACUGCACAAAACUAACGCAGACCGCCCCCGGAUACAACAAGCAGGCUCGGGCUCACUCAAUCUUGCGGCAUCACCGGUGCGCGUGGUUCAUUAGCUGACACGGAUCUCGGCGCAGACAUCCAACCACCCGAGCUCUCUGAGUACACCCAGCAUCAGCUCGUGUAGACUUUCCGGGUGAUCAUAAUUAUUCAGCCCAAGUGUCUUAUCUCCUGCAAGAUUCUGCCUUGCACCUAUUCGUGCAGGAAAGUCGAUUGAUUCGUUUCGUCGCGAAGGAUCUCGUCUCGCUUUCAUCAUGGCACAGUGGGGUUAUACUGGCGAUAAAGGGCCGGACCAUUGGUGUGAAAAGUUCCCAGACGCUAAGGGGAAGCGCCAAUCACCCAUCGACAUCGUGACAACAGAUACCAAGGUGGACGCGUCUCUGGGACCCCUCAACAUCGACUACAGCUCUGCUCGGUGCACCGAGAUCUUCAAUAACGGCUUCACUUUCCAAGUGAAUGCAGAAUCCGGUGGCACCAAUUUGAGCGGCGGACCGCUGUCCAACAACCAUCGGCUUGCACAGUUUCAUUGCCACUGGGGUAGCAAGGACGGACAAGGCUCCGAGCACACAGUGAAUGGGGCACCAUACGAUGCCGAGCUCCAUCUGGUCCAUUGGAACAGUGAUCUUUUCCAGUCGGUAGGAGACGCCCUACCGAAGGACAAGGGCCUGGCCGUGCUGACGGCAUUCCUCAAGGUUGGCAAGGAGAAUGCCGGCUGGUCCAAGUUGGUGGCGCUCCUGAACAAAGUCAAGUGCAAAGAUGACAAAUGCUGUCUGGAAGCAGGGUUCGAUCCAACUGUUUUACUGCCAGAGAAUAAGAAGGACUACUGGACUUACGAGGGUUCUUUGACGACACCACCGUGCUAUGAGAGUGCACGCUUCAUUAUCUAUCGGGAGCCCGUCGAGAUAUCCGCCCAACAGAUCAAGACCCUCCGAGAUUUGCUGUCUUACAAGCAAGGAGGCCAAGCCGAAUGUGGCUGUCCCGAACAUCUAGGAGACAACUACCGCCCUACUAUGCCCCUCAACGGGCGGGUCGUCACAGCGUCAUUCCAGGCUUAGUUGCCUUGGUUGGAAAAAAAUCGCGGCAAAAUGAAUCGCGGAUGAGACAUUGGAAGAAUGCUGAGGUGUAAUUUUAAAUUCCCCAUAUCACAAGGUAAAUCCAUGCUCAGUAGAAGCCAUGUAACACGCUGUUCAUGUCAUCUCUUUACUGAACUCAGGAGUAAAACGACAACGUCACUCUCAAUAGGGAGGCGGUAUUUUAGCUUUGUCUUCUCAACGUUGGUAAACAACCUCGGGUCUGCUGGAGUUCUGGGCUAAUUUUGUGUAAGAAACCUUCUGUCUGAACUUCAGAAUUUCGUCAUGGUCAGAAAUUUACUACUCUACUCUGUGUGUGGGAGUUUUAAGAUUCAAAACACCGAGAUGGUGUAAGAUGACUUGCAUGUGAAUGGAAUUAUUUAACAAAUAGCAAGGAAUGAAUUUAGAACUACUUUUUGCUUAACGGAAUGAUUGGGUUCUCGUUGAGAACUUUACGAUAGACUGCAACUGUUUUGAAUGCUUGAUUUCAAAAAUUAAAAAAAGAUAAUUGUUUUGCUGUCGUUUCCCAAAUCACCAAAUUGCUUUGUAAAAAAGUAAAGAGCGUCCAAAGGACAAAUUGAACGAAGCGAUAUUUCUAAGUUAAACCGCGAGUGAAAACAGAAAAGAAAAACACAUCAAUAUAAUCUCGUUUUCACAUCUAAUGCCUGCUUAUUUCUUUUCUUGUAGGGGGUCUUUUUUCUGCAGCUGGCAAUCAUGUUUAGCCGAAUUCAGUCCCUCCUAAUGAGUUUUGGACAAAAUUAAUUCGAUAUUACAUGUAUGACAAUUACAUUCAAAUGACAUUGAUGAAAUUAUAUUGUACUCGUUCAAGUCUUAUGUCCAGAUCGAAGUCCAGGUCUUCGUCAGUUGUGUUUGGAUUUUACACGGCAGCUUUCGUAUUAAACCAAAUACAUGUAUUUCACUGUUAAAUAAGCAAUCCCAACGGACAAUUAUGCAAGAAGAAAAAUAAUCUAAAGUCUGGUUUCAUAGAUAAUUAACGAUAUCAAUAGUGGAUCAUAGAUUAAAGUCAUGAAAUGACUUCAGGUAAUAAAUGUUUUUUCUAAAAAUUUCUAAAAACUGUCUACAGUAUAUUUUUGCGUUUUACUCUACGGUUUGGCAGCCGUAUUGUUAGACAUCUAUUUUGAACUUUGUGCAUAUAGCAAUAAAUCAAGUUCUGUAUUUAAGUCUCAUCAAAUUCUGACAGGUAGAGUUACGCAUAGUUAGGUGUUUGGGAAAGUUUGUAGAGCGAGUGAUUUUUGGCUGAAUUUGCGUGAUUAAUCAAUUUGCAAGCGGCCUUAAGGAAUGGACAUUCUAAAGGGAAAUAAACUUAAUCAUUGUGCAAAGCAAAAUGGA